CUCCCGGCUGUCCUGGAGAUUCCACUCUGCUGCAGCUGGUGGGCCGGCCCUGGCUGGGAGCGGCGCGGGCCCCAGAGUAGGUGGGCGCCGAGGGCCCAGCGCACCAGGGAAGCUGAGGUCGUGGGGCCGGCGCUUUCUUCCGUCUCCCGCCGCACUCCUGGGGCUGGCGGCGUUCCCUGGGCGGAAGAGCAGUUUCAGCCACGUGUCCUGAGCGACGCCGGACUUUUCCUUGUCACAAAUUGAUGGAUUUUCUAUCUCUCAGCUAACAGCAUUGGAGCUGUAAAAUCAUCAGAUUUGAGACAAAUCCGUAUUCAUCAAGAGUGACUGCAUGCAAACCACAGCAUGUCAAGAAAGAAAAAAAGAUCCAAUAGAAAUGCUUCAUUCUGGACAGCUGGUAAAAGUCUGCGCCCCAAUGGUGCGAUAUUCAAAGUUGGCUUUUAGAACACUGGUAAGAAAAUACAGUUGCGAUCUGUGCUAUACGCCAAUGAUAGUUGCUGCUGAUUUUGUCAGAUCUAUAAAAGCCAGAGACAGUGAAUUUACCACAAACCAAGGUGAUUGCCCAUUGAUUGUUCAGUUUGCUGCUAAUGAUGCAAGAAUUUUGUCUGAUGCUGCUCGUAUAGUCUGUCCUUAUGCGAAUGGAAUAGACAUUAACUGUGGUUGUCCUCAGAGGUGGGCUUUGGCAGAGGGUUAUGGAGCUUGCUUAAUAAACAAUCCAGAGCUUGUUCGAGACAUGGUGAAACAAGUAAGAAAUCAAGUGGAAAAUCCCAGAUUUUCCGUAUCUAUUAAAAUAAGGAUCCAUGAUGACCUUACAAGAACUGUAGAUCUUUGUCGAAAGGCUGAAGCGACAGGGGUUUCCUGGAUUACAGUCCAUGGAAGAACUGUUGAAGAAAGACAUCAGCCAGUUCACUAUGAGGCCAUUAAAAUAAUUAAGGAAAAUAUGUCUAUACCUGUAAUUGCUAAUGGAGACAUCAGAAGCUUAAAAGAAGCAGAAAAUGUGUGGCAUAUUACUGGGACAGAUGGUGUGAUGGUUGCAAGAGGACUCUUAGCCAACCCGGCCAUAUUUGCUGGAUAUGAGGAAACCCCACUGAAAUGCAUCUGGGACUGGGUUGACAUUGCUCUUGAACUUGGAACUCCUUAUAUGUGUUUCCAUCAACAUUUAAUGUACAUGAUGGAAAAGAUAACUUCGAGGCAGGAAAAAAGAAUAUUUAAUGCUUUGUCAAGCACAUCAGCAGUCUUAGAUUACCUUACAGACCAUUAUGGGAUUGACUGGACUCCCUAAAUUAUUUUCUAUCUUUAGUGAAACCACCCAGGGUCACAUCUUGGUUUUCACUUUGAAUCAGUUGCUCUCAAACAUUAGUAUAAAAACAAUGCCCUGACAGAAUUUUUAAAAGUCAUUCCUAGAUCAUAUCCUCAGAGAUUCUGAUUCAGUAAAUCUCUAGGGUGGACCCAAAGUUUAGUUUUAAAGAAGAACCCAGGUGGUUCAAACGUUGACAGACAUUGCUCUGAAUCCUAUUAUGGAUUUAAAACUGUAAGAAUUUUUUUCUUAAAGGAA